AUGGCAAAGAUAAAAUCUAAGGGUGAAUCUGGAACAGCAAAAAAUUUUAUUACUCGUAAUCAGGCACUUAAAAAAUUACAAGUAACUCUUGCUGAUUUUAGGAGAUUAUGUAUUUUUAAAGGAAUAUAUCCAAGAGAACCACGAAAUAAAAAAAAAGCAAAUAAAGGAUCUACAGCACCAGCAACAUUUUAUUACUCUAAAGAUAUCCAAUAUCUCCUUCAUGAACCUAUUAUUGAUAAAAUACGUCAACAUAAAGCUUUUAUAAGAAAAUUUAACCGUGCACUAAGCCGUCAAGAAUAUGAAGUUGCAAAAUCAUUACAAAGAAUCAAGCCUUCAUACACUUUAGACCACAUUAUUAAAGAAAGAUAUCCAACAUUUCUUGAUGCUAUCCGAGAUCUUGAUGACGCACUUAGUAUGCUUUUUUUAUUUUCUUCUAUACAUGUUACAGAUAAAGUUGAUUCAUCUGUUAUUUUAAACUGUGAACGUUUGUGCUUAGAAUUUCAAAAUUAUAUUAUAAUAUCAAAAUCAUUAAGAAAGGCUUUUCUUUCUAUUAAAGGUAUUUAUUAUCAAGCUGAAAUCAGAGGUCAAGAUGUUACUUGGUUAGUUCCAUAUAAAUUUUCUCAGGAGAUACCACCUGAUGUAGAUUUCCGAAUUAUGGUUACAUUUUUGGAGUUUUAUCAAACUUUUCUUGGUUUUGUAAACUUUAAAUUAUAUAACGAUUUUGGUUUAACUUAUCCACCUCCUGUUAAUAUUUCUCUUCUUGAAGGAGCAGGCGAUAUUUUAGCAUAUAGUUUAGAAAAAUCAAGAACUCAAAUUGAAAAUAAAUCAGAAGAAAACCAAAAGCCUAAGGAUAUAAAAAAACAAGUUAUUACAUUAAAUAAAGAAUUAGAUAAAAUAUUUGCUGAAACCGAAUUUUCAACUCAUAAUUCUGAAAUUUCUGAAGACAUAAAUGACGAUGUCGUUCUUGAUAAUUUUCAUAUGCAAUCUGAUUCUAAAGAUUCUCUCAAUAAAUUAAUACAACCAGUUACUCCUAACUCGGAAAAAGUUAACAUAUUUGAAAACUUUAUCUUUUAUCUAUCUAGAGAAGCUCCUCGUUAUUCUUUAGAAUUUGUUAUAAGGUCUUUUGGAGGAAAAGUUGGAUGGGAUCCUGUUCUUGGAGAUGGUUCCCCUUUUAAAGAAGAUGAUAUGGCAAUUACACAUCAAAUUUACGAUAGACCAAGUUUAAAUAAAAGAAUUAUAACUAGGGUUUACAUUCAACCACAAUGGGUUUAUGAUUGCAUUAAUAAGAAAAAAAUAUUAAAUACAGAUGAAUAUGCACCUGGUUCUUUGUUACCACCUCAUUUAAGUCCAUUUGUAAACGUGAAUGAUAAUGAAUAUAAUCCUGAAAUGGAAGAUGAAGAUGAUAAUCUGGAUGACCAAAACAGUUCAAAUGGUAUUUUGAAUAAUCAUAAAGCAGAUUUACAGGAUACUUCACUUUUAGAUAAUAUUGAAAAAACCGAAAAAUUAGAAAUUGAAGAAACAAAAUCAGAAGAAGUUAAAAAUUUAGCAAAAAUUAUGCUGACUAGUAAACAAAAGAAACUUUAUAAAAAAAUGAUUUACAGUAAUUUAAAGAAGAAAGAAGAAAUAGAUAAAUUAAAAAAGAAACGCAAGAAGCUAAUGCAAGCGAAAAAACAAAAAAGUAAUGUUAAAGUUUAA